CGCGCAGUUGAUAACGAUUUAAUACAGCGUCGUGUUUACCUGCUGCAUUGGUUUGUUGACAGUGAUAACCGCUCAUGUGCGUUUUAUAAUUUUGUUUGGAUUUUUAUGAUUUUCAAAUCAUUGUUGCCGGUUUCAACGACAUCCGGACAUUGCAAUUCGCAGUACCCUUAGAUGUACGAAGUAUAGUACAGACUAUCGUUUACAGCGUACAGUUUCACCGGUCACUACGUGAGUAUGUCUAUUUUAUACAUUUUAGUCAAUACAAAAUAUAAACUUAACAACAAUGCAUUCGGGUACGUCGAAUACCUACCAAAUGUGUUGGUUAAUAUAGACCACGGCGUCCGAGGCUACAAAAAAUGAACUAUGAAGUAUGUGCGUGUUUCGGUACUUACCAUUGUUACAACUAACGUCGGUAAAUUUGAUAAAUUAAAAUAAUUGUGUUGAUGAUAAGCACGGCACUUACGGUUCAUGCGCAAAAAAACGUGUAAACAAGCAAGCGCGUGUAGAAUGAAAACUUACAGAAUAUGCACUUGGAAUACGAACAUAAAAAAAGAAAAAAAUAUAGUUUUCCAAAACGAUUCAGUAUCUACAUAUAUUUACUAUAUAUAUAUAUAAAAAAAAAAAAAUUCAUUUUUUAAAGUUGUGUUGUAUUUUAUUAUUAGAAUAAAUUGAAAAUUGCAUAAACACGUGCGCAAGUUUAUCGGCUAUGCGGUGAUAUUGGUAGCAAUAACAUCAGCAAUUACAUUAUGGUUUUGUGGUGCUCUGCUAUAAAACAAACAAAAAGUCGGAAAAUAAUAAUUCACAGAAUCUAUAUGAAUAGGUACGUGCUAACGACUCAGAAAAAUUUAUCAGUUGCUAUAAUAUCCAAAAUAGGCACCAUUCAACUCUACAUUUCUGUUAUUACCGUUAAGAUAUCGGCGUGUACCUCGAUUAGCAUGUUUUCCUGUAUGGGAAAAUAAUCAUGCAAAUGCAUAUUACUACCGUACAAGUCGCGGUCGUAUUUGCCACAAAUCAACCAAAUUUUAUCAUUAUUAUGAUGGUGGAUUUAAAUUGCCGCCAGUAACAGGUCCGACCUUUCCGUACUAGUUUAUAACAAAUUAUCAUAUUUAAUAAUUAAACAAUCGACUGUCGUUAUUUAUUUUAUGUGGAAAUUUAAAAUGCCCGAGCUCUCAUCAACCUUAUCGAUAUUAUAUAUAAAAACAAAAUUGUAAUGCCAAAUUUUUUUUUAUACAUUUUUAUGGUUACUGUAAUUAACAAAGUUUUUGCGAUUUACAGGUACUGAUAUAAAAAUGAGUUUUGACACGACUUGGGAUGUCGAUCAAUACAAGUCUGAACAUGAAAAUGAAGAACACUGGCUGUUUAGGCGUCGGUUUUUAAUUGCGCACAAAGACAAAUUCCCAGAAGAUCGCCUGGUAUCUUUGGCACAAGUUUUUUUUAACAUAGAGUUUUUGGGAUGCAAGUAAGACAUGAUAAAACUAUUAAUCGUGGUCUGUAGUUUACUGACGAUGUUUUCAAUUUAACUGUUAUUUUUUUAUUUUAUUUUUAAGGUAUCCUAAGAAAACAAUGGAUCUUGUAGAAAGUUUAGCAGUAGGUUUAGCUGAUGAGUUGAGAGAAAGCCGCAAAGGGAAAUUACAAAGAACCUUUGUUGGAGCUUCAGAGGCCGCCGAAGCUAAAGCUAAACGCUGUGAGUCAAAACAUUUUUUUUAAAUCUGAAAAUAACCAUUGACCAAAGAAGGUUGAUUUAACAUUAACUAACAGUGACCAUUUUUUUCAUAAACUUAUCAAGUUUAUUUUGAGAUGUGGGUACUUGAUGGACUGAAAUAUAUUUUUAUAUGGUCUCAAAAAAGAUAAAUAAACACAAAUUCAAUAAAAGCCGGCACGCUAAAAUAAAAUAAACUUUAAUUUUUAAAAUAUUCUAUUAAAAAAGAUAAUUGUGUACGAUAUAUUUAUUUAAAGGUAUUUUAGAAAACUUAAUUAAACAAUAAACACAUUAAUAAUGAAUCAAUUUUACAUUUGAAUUUAACUCUUUAAAUUGUAUAUUAUUUUUUUUUAUCAUUAAUAAAACAACUGAUAAAAUAAUUUCCUAGUCUUUUCUGUCUGUAACUAUGUAUGAUGCAAUAGCUACUUUCCAUAAAAUAAUAAUAAUAAAAAAAAAAGACUGAUAUACAUAUUUCACACAAUAGGUUGGUCACUGUUUUAAGUGAGAAGUUGGGAAGGUUUGAAGGAAAUUUAGUUUAAAUAUUUGUUCGCAAUGAUAAAUCACUGGUAACGAAACAAAAGAUUUGGUGCGAAGUUCGAUUAUAGAUGUUUUAAAAAGCUAUAAUUCUUAUGAGUUCUGUCAUGAUUUGAUAUUAAAAAAGAAAUAAACAUCUUAGUAAAACCAAUUUUUAUAGAAAAUAAUUUUACAUUAAGCCUUUUUUUUACUACAAAGCAUGACUACUUAUAAUGGACUUCCUGUUAAAUUGUUAAGUUCAGUUUAAAAUUUUAUCCACAGACUAUCUACUAAAUAAAAAUGAUGUAUAAAACUCACAAAAUUAUUACUAUUUAAGUAAAUAGCUCAAAAAUAGCUGGAAGUUUGUGAAAAUUUGUCCAAGUCUAGAAAAACGAAUAUAAGUUUUCUAUCCAAAUUUUAGGUUUACAAAUAUUUUGAAUUGAAUUACAACAAAAAUAAUGAAAGCCAUAUUUUCAUAAAUUUCUUGUUUUUCUUACAUUUUAUCCGAGAUACUAUGAAAAUCAAAAAAUGGCCAGUUUUAAGUAUUAUCUACACAAUAUUGCUUUUCAGAAAUGAUGCCAUACUUGCACAUCAAAGCAACACAUGUCUGAUAGAAAUAUUUGUCACAGUAUAAAAAAAAAAUAAAAAAAACAUAAUGUAAAACCACUAAUACAUAUUUGCUACACUCAGAAUCUAACAAUAAAUAUUAUAGUAAAACCAUUACAAUCCUUGCUAUGCUCUGAAUCUAAAAAUAAUAUCAAUGUAAUUUUUAUUUUUCAGGAAAUUAUGAACGUUUCUCAUCAACCACAUGGGUACUUUUCAGCAACAAAAAUUAUUUUUGUGCCUUAAGCAUACUAUUUAUGCAUUUUUUUUAAUUUGAAUUUAUUUUGUUAUUCAUUUUACAAUUUAAUUCAAUACACAGUACUUUUUUUUAACAAUACAUUGAAAUUAAAGUUUUUAAUUUGUGUCCCUAAUUAUUAAAAUAUCAAUAAAGUAUGAAUUUUUUAUA